UUAGACUACAGAAUGACACAGGUGGCUGCGCUCUGCCCUUGGCUCAGUGUUCAUAGAGCAGCAUUAAGUUCAUCUCUUGCCAUAAUCAUGUCAUUGUCAGAUGUCUAAUCCUAUAACAGAGUUAGCACAUAGAGUUUAGUGACCAGUUCCUUCCACAACACAGCCUGCAGCAUCCACAAGACUCAUCAUGAAGGCCCUGCUCCUGAUCACUUUCCUUCUCAUGCUACCCCUGGGAAGUAAGUACCGUAUUACCGAUUCAUCUCAAAGUAGGAUUUGUGUUGGAAGCGCCUGUUACUGAAGCCCCUGUAAAUUCAGUAUCUGUGUUAAUUUUCCCUAUGGAAUGCUAUUAAGGAGGCAUAGAGGGCAACUACUGACUGAAAUUUUUUUUGGAAUCAUUAUUACAUAUAUAUGGGUUUCAAGGUGUCUUUCUUUUUAUUUAAACAGGCACUCCGCACUAUUGCCAUUGCAGUAGUUAUGGUACUACAUUUACUGCAGUGCUGCCUCCCAUUUGUUAUCAACAUGUUUUAUAGUAGUUAGACAAAAGAAUGAGCUCUCCCCUGCUGGGGCUCGAAUAAUGUUGAAAUUUCUCAUUUCAAUUGCCCAUUUCUUUUCACAAGAUGGAUUGAGUGAAAUGUAUCCCAUUUUUUUAAAAGAGAUUUCCUCUGAUCUGUAUGUCCAUUUAUUGAUCUGUGUCUCACACAGAUUUGCGUAGGCAUUUUGGUGCAUAAUAUGCCCACUGCAGAAACAGAAAAUGCGUAACCUGUAAUUAAAAUUGUGUUUGAUUAGAAAGCUUGUUAAAUAACAGUAAAAUAAAUCAGGUUUCCCAGUUUCUGUGCUUAUUGCCCAGUCUAAGGUUAUGACUUUGUUUUUAUGAGUUUUUAACAGGCUUUACAAGAAUAUUCAAAUCCAAAUAAUUACUUUAGGAUUAUAAUUUCUAAUUUUAAAAACUUCCAUCCCUCACUUGUCUAAUUUUCUCAAUUACAGUCUACAGUACCCAUCACAGACUUUAUAAGCUUUGUUUGAUAAUAGGGCGGUGAAAGCAUCUGCCGUAAGAAAAGUAUGUUUAUAAGUAUAUUGUAGUACAUUUGCACACAAUGAAAAAAACACUUAAAGACACUUAAUAUUUGUGGCUUAGUGUUUUCAUAGGUAAAAAAAUGUGUUCAUGGCAUUGGAUUAUUAGACAGGUAGACUGCUAGCAUAGGAAAAGUAAGAUAUUUUCCAACGUGAAAGGAUUUCAAAGGUUUCAUUAGUAUGGCCAUGGGGCAAUAAACAAUUUCAGGCCACUGAGAGUGCUAGAAAGUCCAUUUGUCCCAUGUAGACCAGUACAUCAUUUAAUGUUCACCGUCAAAGAAUUAUUUGACCAAUUUGCCCAUCGUACUUCUCAUAUUUCUCUUGCUACAUAAAUAAAUUUGUGGCACUUAUUUAAUUUGUAUUCGUCUUUAUCGGGACUAAAGUUGUGCUAAAAUACUGUUCUGCUCUAUAGGAAUAAUGGAAUUUCAGAAGAUAACAUGGACUCUACCUUAUUUGAGUUGUUAUUGAUCUGUGAACCAUGAGGGAUACAGCAGGUCUGUGUAUUUCCCAUGGGAUAGGCUAGGGUGUACCAGAACAGAACAUACCCCUGUUAGGACCAUUUUAGCAGGCUGAAUUUAGAUUAACAUGGGUGCAUGACUGUCACUAGCCUGUACUCUGAUUUAACUCCAUCUUCCUAAUGAAAGCAGAAAACAUGCCAAAUAUUGACCUACAAAGCAUUUAGUAUGGCUAGGAGAUAAGAGUUAACCUGUAAACUGGAAAAAUGAUAUGUCAAGUGAGGAAUGAAAUCUUACAAGGAAUGCUAUGUAUGACAAUGAAUAUAAGGCAUCAUAAAAUAUUGCACAGGGGAAAUCUAAAGGGACACUGUAGGCACAAUAACCAUUAAUCUAAUUUGUUUAUAGUGCCUGGAGUCUCCUGGUGCUGUCUCUCCAUUCAGUGUUAAAUAAUGUUCAAGCAGUUUAACACUAAAUCAGUUCUUACACACUUCCUUCUGUGAUUUUUAAGCGGUCAGUGUGCCUGGAGUUGCUUUGAAACACUGCACAUAAGGAAUUUAACCCCUAUGCUGCCGGACGUGUAACUCCACCUCUAUCGGUGUCUACCAAAAUUAGAGUUCUGUGCUGGCUAAUGUUUAUCUGUGCAUAUUCCUAUGCACAAAAUUGCAUUCAUUGGCCACAUAAGAUCUCUUGGUCCUGUGAGAGACCCAGUAAGAGGGCAAACCAUUGCAAAAUGGUUUGUCCCAUUACUGAGAAAUGGGGUCUGGGUACUCUUGGAAUCAUAACAAAUACAGCCACUGUACAACCACCUAUCACAAUCUGCUGUCAUUUUUGUGAUGCUAACUUAUUUCUUACAAAGAUACUAUUUUUUUUUUUUCAUAUUAAAUUAGAAAACACACGAUUAUCCGGAAUCUGGAAGAAACGGCGGAUGCCAUAUAAGCUCUAAUACUUCAUAUAUUUCUAUAUAUUUGCAAUGGACAAAUAUAUUUCUCUAAUCAGGUCUGAACAAUUAACAUAUUAGUAACAUAAAAUAUAUUUACUGCACUUACAUUACGCAUCUGUUAAACAUAUGGGCGAGUCACUAAACUCUUAAUUGUAGCAGAUUGAAAUCCAAAUGGGAAAAUGUAGUCAGAAAUAGCUAACCUGGAAAGAUUCUUCAACUUGACUAGGUUUUCAUUUGCUACAAUUCAGAGUUAAGGGGACACUAUAGUCAUAAGAACAACUACAGCUUAAUGUAGUUGUCCUGGUCAGUAUAGUCUGUCCCUGCAGCCAUUUUCAUGUAAACACUGUCUUCUUGCUGAGACGGCCAAUAGUUGUGCUUCCUGGGUCAGGGCUUUACAACGUGCAGCACUGACAUUCAGCAUUUCCACACCCUGCAUAUAGAAACUGAACUUUUCCAUAGAGAUGCAUUGAUAAAAUGCAUGCCAAUGAGGAGAUGCUGAUUGGUCAGCAGGGUGUUUAGCUCCGCCCUGCCCCACCUCCUUGGCUGAGAUCAUCAGAAUAAUGAUCUCAGCCAAUUUAAAGGACCACUAUAGUGCCAGGAAAACAAACUCGUUUUCCUGGCACUAUAGAGCCCUGAGGGUGCCCCCACCCUCAGGGUCCCAUUCCCGCCGGGCUGGAGGGGGAGGAAGGGUGUUAAACACUUACCUUUCUCCAGCGCUGGGGAUUUCCCUCCUUCGCUCGUCAUCGGCUGAAUGCGCAUGCGCGGCAUUCAGCCAGUCCAUAGGAAAGCAUUCUCAAUGCUUUCCUAUGGACACUGGCGUCUUCUCACUGUGAAAAUCACAGUGAGAAACGCAGAAGGGCCUCUAGCGGCUGUCAAUGAGACAGCCACUAGAGGCUGGAUUAACCCAUUUGUAAACAUAGCAGUUUCUCUGAAACUGCUAUGUUUACAGCAGGCAGGGUUAAUCCUAGAUGGACCUGGCACCCAGACCACUUUAUUAAGCUGAAGUGGUCUGGGUGCCUAUAGUGGUCCUUUAAUGCUUUUGUCAAUUCUGAUGAUCUUAGCCAAGGAGGUAGAUUGGGGUGGGACCAGGUGUGAGGAGCCCUGCGCAGUGGUGGAAAUAGGUGAGCUUUUAACUUAUUCAAGUGGGCAUGAGGACCUAAAUAGUGUUUUUAACACUAUAGGGUCAGGAAUACACGUUUGUAUUCCUGACCUUAUAGUGUUCCUUUAAGUGAAUAACCCUGGGAAUAUUUUGCAUGGAAAUACAGAGAGGCAGAGUAAUGCAGUGAUUUCAGACUUGUGGGAGAUGUUUUCUGGGAGGUUCAUAGCUUUGUCUAGAUGGUGUUUAAUCUGCUUCCCUUCUGUUACUCGAGAAAGUCAGGCUAUAUGAGGUGUGGGUGGUUGGAAUAAGGAGCUUUCUUGCAGAAAUAGUAGCAAUAAAACAAGAAGGACAGGUGAUGCGUGUAUCUGAAUUGGUGAUUUGGUUGAUGGUAAUAAUAAUAAUUUCUAUUAUCUUAUAACAUGUUACAAUGGUGGGUUUUGUAUUCACAUUUCAUUUUUCAUUUAGCUGAACCUGAAAAUAUCCUUUGUUCCUUCCUGAAGUAGUGUUACUCAAUAAAACUUUAAGAAAUUAAUUUCUCACAUUUCUAGCACAUGUAAGAUCAAAAAUGUUCAAGUUGGUAUUAUUUUCGUAAUAUGUGCACAAGAGGGCGCUAUAGUAUGACAUUUAUUAAGAUUUUUAUUUUAUUCAAUUUAACAUCCAAGCAGAGUAUUGAUGGCGACCAGGAGAGAAAUGACUAUUAUUUAUACAGCGCCAACAUAUUCCACAGCACUAAAAAAGAGGUAAACGACAAAUAUUUAGGUCUAACGACACAUAUGACAUACAGGAAUAGUAGGUGAAGAGGGCCCUGCCCAAAUAAGUUUACAAUGUAAAGGAAUGCAACUCCUAGAAUGAAGAAUUAGAAUACAGUUAUUUUUUUUAUAUAUUCUUGGACUAUAUUAUUAUUCUAUAUUGUGGUUAUAGGCCACUAUCUAGUAUAUACAAUUAUAAUUAGAUAGAUAGAUAGAUAUAUGUGCAAUUUUUCACCCAAUAAAAAUGAUUGCAUCUUGACAUCCUCAAUAUAGCUCUGCGACAUACAUGGCCAAGCACCCCCAAAAUUGACGGGGUUAAACUCUAGGCAUCAGCUACAAUUAGCAAAAGCCCCUAUUUUCUGCCUAUUUCCAAAACGUGGUAUGCUGGAAGAGGAGCUGAGGAGAUAAGGGUUGAGUUGCCUCUUCUGUUAUGUCAGUAAUGGGAGAUUAGCUGAAUUAAGCACAGCCAGAAAUAGCAGCAGCUACCAAGAAUUGCAACUCCACUAAUUCUGGGUGGGUCUACCCUAAGGUUUAAGGAACCAGAGCUCUAACAUCUAAAAAACAACAACCACCAACCAUUGAUGCAUGUGUUUUGGGUAAAUAAUGCCAUUUUGGGAUUGUGGAGAAAUUUACUACUUGAUCUCUGUUCUCUUUGUUUAUUAUGAUGUCUUUGGUUGGCACCCUUUGGCUGAAUGACUGAAUAACUUUCCCACAAGGCCAACUUUACUGUUAUAUAUCCUAUAUAUCACACAAGGUAGCUAUGCACAUAAUACCUUUCUGUAAUUGAACAUUGAAAAAGGUAUACAUAGGUUAAUAAUAAUAUAAACUAGUAAACUGAUUUUAAAAAUAUAUAAAAUUGUUAAUUAAUGUCUUUUAAUCUUGUUGGUCCAGAGCUUGAAUGUCAAGCUGAUAAACUGACUUCCAUAAAACAAUAUUUCACUUCACUUUUUUAUUGUAUCUAAAUCUUAAUGUCAUUCUAAACCAAAUAUCCCCUCAUAUGUCUUAAUCCCUGGGAAAUACAGUACUGUGGUGUACCCCAAUUAGAGGUGGUUUAGUUUGAGGAGUUAUAAUUAGAGGAGGUGUACAGGGUGAGGUGGGGCAAAUAGCGUUAGGGUGUUUAGUGUAAAGGGGUUAUCUGCUUUUAAUGCACAGAGGGUUGAAACUCGAAUGAUUAUCAGCCAGAGAUAUUACAGAAAAGUCUUUCUAAAACUGCAACUGAGGGAUACUUCCUGCGUCCAUUUCAAUGCUGUACCUACUUUUUGCAACCACAUCUCUUUAGAAUAAUCCUCUACAUAAAAGAAUCUUAGGGGGGAAAAAGCAAUGUCAUAAAACAAGCUGUAGUUUGUAUGUGCAUGAAAGCAGGUACAAGUGGCAUCAUUGUAUUUAGGAAGCAAUUCUAAAUGAACCAAUGACUUAAUAUGAUGUUCUCUGAUUGGAUGAUAAAUGAUUAUAUGACCGGCACACAGGUUCCAGACCAAGAAAAUGCUGCAUGGUUAAAAUAGUUGUUUUUCCAUGUUCUUUCUGUAAAGGUAAAGGGCUGCGGUGUUACAGCUGCGUAGCGUCCAGUGAGGAGGAGUGCUACAAGCAGGGAUCCCAUGUCUGUCCGCAAUACGCCGAGGUCUGCUCCACCAUUUCUUCUCCAAGUAAGUCAAAAUGGAUUCAUUAGAAUAUAAAAAUAAAGUCUUAUUCACAUCAACGUGUGUAUUUGGUAUGGGCUGUUCAUGGCUGCCUACAGUAGAAGGUAUCUGCAUAAUAGAAAAUGUGUUACUUAUUCCUGAGAAUGCACUCCAGAGAAACUUUACGUUACACGAUGAUGUGCUUUAAUAUGUGUAAUGAUACUUACCCGGUCCUCGAGCUGUUUGGAAACCUAAAUAACUGAACGAAUCCCAAGGGACGUAAUGUCAUUUCUGGCUGACCAAUCAAAUCACACAUAGUAUUUAAACUCCUCUGGCCCCAUUUACUGUGCCCUAACGUAGUUUCUGUUCUCAGUACCCUUUAGUGCGUUCCUUGUUACAUUAUAUACAUCAUAUUUCUGGAAUUGACCUUGGCUUGGCUUUUUAUCCUGACCCUGAGUUUGCCUAGGCUUGUAUUGCACUACAUUUCCUCUCUAUUGAACGUUAAACCCUGCCACUCAAAGGACAGGGAAUACAUCUAUUUCAGUCCACUCUGUUACAGUUAUCUUAGCAUCUGUAUGUUGGGGUUAUUCCUCAUGACAAUAUGUUGGGGCCCUUCAGUAGUAAUACAGGAAAAUAUUGGUAUUUUACAAAAAUGUCAGUCUACAACGAGUGUUAAAAUAUUCACAAAUGUGAUAUUAUACUAGAUUAAAGAGUAUAGCUUUGAACUCCAGUACUAUAAUAUAUAGAGUUUACAGAACAAUUUGAUUGGAGGGAUUUGUUUCCUUUUCUGGUCUUGGCGACACUCCAGAAUUUAAGAGAUUCCUACACACAUUAACAAAAUGCAGAGCAACAAAUAAACUCCAGGAAUGACUCAAUGAGAAGAUUAGGGAAUAAGGACUACAGUCCAGUGUAAGUAAUAAAGAUUCUCAAUUUAAAACACAACAAAACUUGGCUACUUAUUUGGACAUAGUGCCCUAUAUUUGUGUGAGAAAAUCACUUUUAAUGAAAUCAGUGUUUUUCUGUUAUUUUUAAUGCAGUAGUCAAGAUGGAAGAUGAUUAUGGCAUGGACCAGCGGCAUCUGGACCAUAGCUGCAUCUGGUGUUAGACUGGGGCCAGUACAAGCUAUGGUUUUGAGAUUGAAGUAACAAGGCAGUGAGUCUGUGGGGUAGAAUUGAUGGCAGCACCAUUGAUCUGGAGGGAGAGAGACAUGCGGGUAGUGGUUCUUGAAGAAGUAAAGAUGACAAGAUAUGUAUGCUUAGAAACUGUAAUUUCUUAUGUCCUUGCUACUUCUUUGAGGAUAGUGUCAGAGUUUCUGGAGCAAGCUUAGUUUUUGAAAGAAAUACUAGUCGUAUAAACUUAAUGUCAAUGUAACCUACCGGGCAUAUAGCUUGGACUUAGUCAUCUGUAUAUACCAUGGCUUCUUCCAGUGAGGCAGAUUUGUCUGUAACGUUUUCUUUUUUAUAUAAAAAAUUGUUAAUAACACUCUUUUUACCACAUAUCUCUUGUGCAAAUAUGAAAAAUUCUAGAUGCUGUUGUACUUUCAUUCAGGAAAAUAAAUAAAAUAAAGAAAUUUUGAUGCUUGAUAAAAAUAUAGAAAAACAUAUAUUGGGAGUACACACAUGACAUUCCUUACUAUAUAAUGAUGCACAAUAUAUUAAUUGAUAAAUACAUUUAUAUUUGGUUAGUGUUAUAUUUGGUUAGUACUUGUAUUACCAUCCAGUCCUAGCUAAAUCUAACUUUUGACUGCAUUAAAGGACCACUAUAGUGCCAGGAAAACAUACUAAUUUUCCUAGCACUAUAGUGCCUUGAGGAUGCCUCCACCGCUGGGCUCUGGGGUGAGGAAGGGGUUAAACUUACCUCUUUCUCCAGCGCCGGGGGGGAGCUCUUCUCCGCCUCAUCUCCUCCUCCUCGGUUGAAUGCGCAUGCACGGCAAGAGCCGUGUGCGCAUUCAGCCAGUCUCAUAGGAAAGCAUUCACAAUGCUUUCCUAUGGACGCUGGCGUCCUCUUACUGUGAAAAUCACAGUGAGAAGCGCGGAAGCGCCUCUAGCGGCUGUCAAUGAGACAGCCGCUAGAGGCUGGAUUAACCCUAAUGUACACAUAGCAGUUUCUCUGAAACUGCAAUGUUUAUAGAAAAAAGGGUUAACCCUAGCUGAACCUGGCACUCAGACCACUUCAUUAAGCUGAAGUGGUCUGGGUGCCUAUAGUGGUCCUUUAAGGCGUUAUGGUAAGAGAUAUCUGAUGACUACAUCCAAACGUAUCCACAUCAUUCCUCAAUUGUCUACAUUUUAAAUUUGCAAUUUCUUACACAACUAUGACAAAAUCUUAAUGACUAACAGAAUGACCCAAAGGGGUAAAGAAAUACUUUGUAAACAUCUGGAGCUGCUGAGCAACAUUUUGUGUUACAAAAUAAGUACACAGACAAAAUUAGUGUUAAGGUGUUGUGGUUUUGGCCUGUGUUUUGUCUGGCAUUACAAGCUUUCUUUUGUGAUGUGUCACCUCAUUUGUCAUCUUACUCAUGUAUAUAUAGACAUGUAUAUAUUUACCUCCUAAAUGGCAGAGAAUUGAACAAAGAAACUGCAGGGGCAUGAUCUAUGUACCAAAAUAUACUUAAUUAAGUUAAAGUGCCUGUAGUGUCCCUUUAACUAUGCCACCUAAAUGCCUGCAACAACAAUUUUAGAACAGCAAGCAUUUAGGUGGCAUAGUUAAAGGGACACUGUAAGAUGUAAUUUACCUUAAACAAUUGUAUCUCUUGCUCUGUAAAUUAAACUUCAAUCACAUACAGGAGGCUCUUGCAAGGUCUAGCAAGCUAUUAACAUAGCAGGGGAUAAGAAAAUCUUAAUUAAACAGAACUUGCAAUAAAGGUAGGAUAAACAUUAGAUGACUCUUUACAGGAAGUGUUAAGGAAGACUGUGCAAGUCACAUGCAGGGAGGUGUGACUAGAGUUCAUAAACAAAGUGCUUUAACUCCUAAAUGGCAGAGAAUUGAGCAGGGAGACUGCAGGUGCAUGACCUAUACACCAAAACUGGUUUAUUAAGCUAAAGUUGUUUUGGUGACUAUAGUGUCCCUUUAAGUUCUUGUUUAAACUGUGACAGAAAUGGAGGUGUUUGAAUCUUCGUUGAUUUAGAUGAUUUACCAUUUACUAAAUAUGCUAGGCAUUUCCUGUGUAAAGUGUACUUUGAUAUUGACAAAGUAUCUUUUCUAACCUCAAAAGUAACCUUUUUACACAUGACAUUUUAUACUCAGGUAAUCAGGUUCCUGGUCCAAAUGCCAAUGGCACAAUUUAUCAAUUUGUGAAUCAGUUUCCAAAGUUAAUUGGCAAGGAUUGUUUUAUUGUGGUAUCUUGGCCAGAAGAGUCCGUUCAUGAGUAGACUGUUUGUGUUUGCUCAUUACAAAUGAUCUGUCUUAUAGUGUGGCUGAUAGAUACCUUGUUUUAGCUUUUUCACACGGGAGUAUUUACAUGUAUAUUUACAAUGAAUGUAUGUGGAAUGUGUCUUACAUGGUCUUUGUCUCUUUUUACAGACAGCAUCAUCAAGUCGUGCUCCUACAAGUCCUUUUGUGACCAUGUUCGGCAGAACGGGAAUGGGGCCACCGUGGAAUGCUGUUUUUCAGAUGAUUGCAACGGCCCACCCCAGGGAAAUCACGCAGGCCUAAAGAACUCUGCUGCUAGCCAAGCACUGCCCCCCAUCCUCCUCAUUACAUCACUACUGAUCCUCAGACCCCUGUGACAUGCUGUACAACAAUGUAUCUUAAUCCUGAAUAUAUGUUUAAAACAUUUUCUGAUAAUGGGACUUCAGUAUUGACUUCUAUAUUAUAUUUCCUGGCCCAGAUACUGCACACGAUGUAAACCCCAUAAAAUGUUAAACUUCAAUGAAAAGUAUCACAAUGAUAAUAAAUGUAUAGCACUGGGUGAUCAUACUAACCAUCUCUAGAUGCUAAUAUUGAACAAGUUGCAUUAUAAAAUUAUGCUGAGUAUCUCUGCAUUAACAAUGAAAUGUAUUAAUUGAUUUACAUUUAAUUUAUUUAUGCAUUUAUUAUUCACAGAGCUUUCUAUACCUUAGUGAUUGGCCAUGAACACAUUAGGCAAUAAACAAUAGAAUUACAAGGAAUCAGACCAGAUUCAUAUUUGCAUCUGGUGGUAGUACAUUUUGGAUCAUGGGUACACCAAUGACACAAAUAUAGUGGAAAAAGUAAUAAUGUGCUCAAUUUAGAGAUAUUUGUGUGGUUAAGCUCACAGAGUUUGUCAAUAGGGUUAAGGUGUUUGUGAAAAGUACUGAUGGUGGAUUCUGAUUGGUGUAAUGAAGGGGGGGAGGGAGUGGGGGCAAGAAAGAGAUUGAAUGGAACCGAGAAAAAGGAGGAGUGUGAAAUAAAGGUUUGUGAAGAUGAAAGAAUGGAGAGGACAGGUAGAGCUAUAAUGCUGGACAUGCUAGAUUGGUGAAAAGAGCUUAGUGGGUAUGAGGACAUACACUAAUUUAUGCCAAUAGAUGUAUAUUUUGUGUGUAUCCAGUAGUCUGGUAACUAUUGUACACAGUUUGUAGCCUAGUAUAAUAGCAGCCUCAUACUGUGUCAUUGUUCCUACUAGCCCUUUUAUAUUGUGUCAGUAGAACAGAUACAAGCACAGGAAGAUUGACUUACUGAUUAUAUUGUAUGCUUAGGGUUUAUAUAUUAAAACCUCUUUUUAUACAUCCUCAAAUGACAUGUGAUUUGCCAGUUAAUGUUAUUACUAUAAAAAGAAAGGGCUCAAUGAGCAAAUAUGGGAGUAGGCCAAGAAAGCAAAGUAUGGCUGUUCACUGUGCUCCAUGCUGUAAACAUACCACAAUGUGUGUUCAUUCUGAGUACCUAAAUAUAUUGCUAUCGCUCUGUGCAGCACUGUAUGGAGAGACUGCAGACUAUCUUUGUAUACUAGAAAAUAUAUCUAGCACAAACCCAUACUAGUCUUUUCAUUCAUUAAUAAAUGUUGCACUGUAAAAUUUGUAUUCACAAUAUGAGCAGUGAUGGCGAUUUUCACAUUACAUUUGCUACUUAAUUAUUAGGUUGAGGUCCACUUUAAAAAUGUACAGCACUAUAACAGUUGCACUAAUUAAACCCUUAAAUUUUUUUAGCCCUAACUGUGGGUAACCCUCAAUCCUGGAAAAGACAUUGUAUUACAAUCGUGUUUUCCAUUUUUAAUUAAUAAUAAAAAUCCAUUAUUUUUUUAUAAUUACUAUGACACUCCACUGCCCAUAAAAAAAAUACAAAAUCACUUUUUAGUAGAUAUACUUAUAUCUAAUAUUAAUUAUGCAUUUUUUUCCAUUGGUAUAUCUAAAAAGACAGCAAAUCUCUUUCUGAAGCCUUUGCAAGCCCUUCCCUUCAAACCCUGCCCAGACUUUCUGUGGCUGUCCAAUCACAGACUUUCCAAUGUAGCUCAAUCAGGAGUCUUUGUAAGGCAGGGCUCUUGGUAAUUGCUGCCUCUUGAGUUUAGCUCCACUAAGCUAAACAACCAGGAAGUAACAGGACUGACUGUCUGAUUGACUAUCAAUGUGGUGGAUCAUGGGGCUCAUUUGUAAAACUGCACUUUUUGUUAAAUUAAAAAAAGAGGACACACUCUUCACACAUAAAGGUAUUCAGCAAGCAAAAGUUCUUCAGGGGUCUAAAGUUUUAUUUUUUAUUUUUUUUUAUUUCUGCCCUGGUAAAUAAAAGUAAAUUAAAUUCCAUCUAUAAAUUGAUCUAGCAAAUUAAGCUAGUACAUUAAAUUCAAUCUAUAAAUUCAGCUACAGAUUGGGAUAGAAACCUUUUUUUUAAAUUAGGUCCAUUCCUAACCUGGAAGGAAAAGGGUAUGUUCAUACACUGGCAAUUGGGCAAUGGAGCCAGUAUGUCAGUAUAUCAAAACUGGGUUUUUCGGGGGGGCGGGCCCUGUCCUUAAUAACGGCCAGACGCGUCUUAGGAGAACUCCACACUUGUCUGGUACAAUGACCUAAAUAUUCAUUCACUACUGCUCUCUAGUUUAAGCUAAUGACACCUCACAUGCUCCCUGAAUGAGGCGACACACAGAGGAACGGCUGAUUACCGCUUGGUUUACUGUAUAACAGCAUUUUUGACUCCACACAGUGCAGCCUAGCAAACACAUAGGGGGGAGAGGUGGCUGAUCUCCCGAUCUGGAGCGACCUGAGCCCCUGUGCCCAUUUCCCUCUGCCCUCCUCUGGACCAGUGGGGGUCAUCCCGGUCUACCCCUCACAUUCCCUGCCACUUCACCAUACCCGCGGGCCUGCUCUAAAAUGGCACAGGCCACGUGUCCCACAGUUUCUGGUGCGGAGAAAGCUGACUUUGUCACUAAACUGGACAUUUUUGCUGCGUUCUGGCAGAAGUUAAACACACAUCUGCAGGACCCUGCUCUAUGUGCAUACUCACCUCAAAGAGUGUCAAGGAAGAGCCAGAGCAGGCUGCAAGCGGCAGCUCCAACUCCAGUUUGGGCCUGACGGUGAUGAAGGCAUCACCACAAGAAGGUGGAAGCCGGCUCCCUCACAAUGCAGGACCUUGCCAUGCGGAGAUCACACCUAAAAUAUCCCAGAGAGGCACUAGGCUGCUCACCUGACCUGUACCACCAUCCUAUACGAAUGCUGCUCCUCCUGAUUCCUGGGCACUUCAGCCAACAAGCUUGCAUCUGCGAUAGAAUCUACCUCAUUAAAAUACAGGGUUCUAAUCUGCCCCAGGAGGGGGUUGGCUGAGUUUGGGACGGUGAACUGCCCACAUAGGGUACAAACAGCAAUGUCUCAUCCCUCACUUGUCUCAUGGUGUGGCAGGGCAUCUAUUAGCCUAGUACAGUUCAUUAGCAUUAGUGGAAUCAUAAUUCUCAUCUAACAUUACACAUUCCCUUCACUAUAACAUGCUAUAUUGUGUAUAGCAUGCUAUAUUGACCUUCUCUUCCUUCAUAGUUAGCUAUAAAUAAUGAGCCUGUUCCUCACCUUGAAAAAAAAUGUGCAGUUACUCUGAAAGCCAUGUCACUGUCUUAUAAUAUUUGUUGUUAUUAUUAUUAUGCUUGUUUGAGCUGUUGUGGCUGUAAAAGAUUGUUUUGUUAUUUUAUGCACACCUAAAAUAAAGAAUGAAAAAAACAAACAAGUUUUUCAUGUCAGAAUUCUAAGGCCCCCCCCCCCCACAAAAAGGCAGAUAGAGAGAGUUUAAUGAUAUCAUUAACUUGACUUUGCAGUUAUAGGAGUCAUGUAUUCAUAUUAGGCAACUGUAUAUGUAUGUGCAUAUUUCUGCUUGUAAUGUACUUUUUGAAUCUGUG